AGCCCGUAGUCUCUUUGGAAACUUCUGCCGGGGAAAAGAGCUAGGAAAGAGGGGCAAAUCGGUGUGGGUUUUUUCUUUUUUUGCUCCUUUUAAUUACCCCCUCUUCCGUUUGCACCCUUCUUCGAGCUUCACGCAGAACCUGCGAAUUUCGAAGAGGUGGUGGCAGAGUGGGAGCAAAGAGGUGUUAGGGUUUGGGAUUUGGGGCUUUUUUUUUUUUUUAAUUUCUUGAUUUCAACAUUUUCCCCCACUCUCGCGGCCACCGCUGCCGCCUCUUACCUGUUCCUGGGCAGCCGCGCGCUGCAGCAGCCGAAGGUUAGAAAUGAACAGGGUGCAUUUUAGAUUUUAAACAAAAAUUUUUCAAGACAGACCCUUUUUUCUCCCCCCACCCCCACCCCCUUCUCCUCCACAGCCUCCGAGCUCAUUAUUCCGGUGGUUGCUUUGGGGUGAACAAUUUUUGGCUUUUUCCUCCCUGUAAUUCUGAGCAGGUCGGCCCGGGGGGGUUGUUCCUCAGGCUUCCACUCCCUCCGCGUGCACCUGGCGCUUCUCUUUUCCCCCCAACCUGUUGCAAGUCCUUUAAUCCUUGCAGUUGGGACUUGCUUGCACGCAACGCAGCCCUCCAUCUCUCCCUACGUUUUGCAAUUGGUCUGGGGGAGGGCACCUGCUCUACCUGCCAGAAAAAAAAUUUUUUUUUAAUUUAUCCGGGCGCCCUCUUGGCCCCUUUCUCCCUACACUCUCGCUCUCGUGCCCCGCCCCAAGGUAAAGGGGAAGACUCGGAGAAGAUGGUGCUCACCGCGGUCCUCCUGCUGCUGGCCUCCUGUGCGGGGCCGGCCCAGGGCCUGGGCUCCUUCGUGCACUGCGAGCCCUGCGACGAGAAAGCCCUCUCCAUGUGCCCCCCCAGCCCCCUGGGCUGCGAGCUGGUCAAAGAGCCGGGCUGCGGUUGCUGCAUGACUUGCGCCCUGGCCGAGGGGCAGUCAUGCGGCGUCUACACUGAGCGCUGCGCCCAGGGGCUGCGCUGCCUCCCCCGGCAGGACGAGGAGAAGCCGCUGCACGCCCUGCUGCACGGCCGCGGGGUUUGCCUCAACGAAAAGAGCUACCGCGAGCAAGCCAAGAUCGAGAGAGACUCCCGUGAGCACGAGGAGCCAACCACCUCCGAGAUGACAGAGGAGACGUACCCUCCCAAGAUCUUCCGGCCCAAGCACACCCGCAUCUCUGAGCUGAAGGCCGAGGCCGUGAAGAAGGACCGCAGAAAGAAGCUGACCCAGUCCAAGUUUGUGGGGGGAGCUGAGAACACUGCCCAUCCCAGGGUCAUCUCUGCCCCUGAGGUCAGACAGGAGUCUGAGCAGGGCCCCUGCCGCAGACACAUGGAGGCUUCCCUUCAGGAGCUCAAAGCCAGCCCACGCAUGGUGCCUCGUGCUGUGUACCUGCCCAACUGCGACCGCAAAGGGUUCUACAAGAGAAAGCAGUGCAAGCCUUCCCGUGGCCGCAAACGUGGCAUCUGCUGGUGCGUGGACAAGUACGGCAUGAAGCUGCCAGGCAUGGAGUACGUCGAUGGGGACUUUCAGUGCCACACCUUCGACAGCAGCAACGUUGAGUGACGCGUCCCUUCCCCGUCCUUCCCUUGCCCCUUCCCAUCCCUAGCCCCGACUCCAGCCAGCACCUCCCUCCACCCCAGGACGCCACUCAUUUCAUCUCAUUUAAGGGAAAAAACAUACAUAUAUCUAUCUAUUUGAGGAAACUGAGGACCUCGGAAUCUCUAGCAAGGUCUCAACUUUCAAACCGGCAACAGCGGAGAUGCAAACAGCUAAGGAGACCCCCCCCCCUUGAAAAUGGUUUUCUUUUGGAGGCAAGUUGAAUGGACAGGGAGGGGAAGGGAGGAGGAACACGAGAGAGAGAAGGGAAGAAAGUGCACGUGUAGAGGAGAGGGGGAGACAAACUGAGUUUUGAAGAAGGAAAGAAAAAUGUGGGCAGGAAGGAAAGACCCCCCCCCCCGGGACCAUGGCUGGACCCACCUGUCGUGUCCAACCCUGGCCUGAGUUGGGAGACGUUUGGGCACUGGAAGGUAUGGCCCAAGGUGUGGCAUUCGAUGGCACCCUUGGGGUUACCCGUCUGGAUCAGUCGUAGGGGGAGAAAAGGAAAGGACAGAAGGAGUCAGUGCCUCUCCUGGACCUGACCCCACCUCCAGCCAGCAAGCUGCAGGGCUUAACCCCGCCCCUCCUCCCCUCUCACCGGCCAAGGGUUCUCCCUCCCCAAAACUUACGAAAACUAAAAUGCAUUCCAUUCCUCUCAGAACAAAGCAAAUGAAUCACCGAGUGCUGUUAGAUAGAUAGGUUUUCCAAAGCAGAUACACAGAGACGACAUACGCAUGUGUACUUCAGUCCCCGCACGGACUUUAGACGGCAGUACGCGCCCCCCCCAGCGGAGAGACUUGCUCUUCCAAGGUGACCAGAUCACGCGGACACGGGUGGUUUCAGCCCCCCCGCCGUGGCCCUCCAUUCGCUACUAGCCCAGCCUCUCUGGGGGAGGAUAGGCUGAAAUCAACGGGGCCUCGCACGGACUUCUCUACGGGGCUUCAUAUAGUCAUCUAUAAGGCAUAUACAUCUAUGGUCUUUCUUUUUUGCUUUCUUUCUUCCUUUCUUCUGAAGGUUUGCAUUAACUUUUCAGAGUAGUUCCUCUGGGGGUAAUGAGGCGUUUCCUCAUUCUGGGAAAACCAAGAAAACCCGUAUUCUUCUAAAACACCCCGUAACUGCCGUUCUGCCAGCCUCCCAGAAGCGGCAGACACAAGCCCCCAGCGGCCGCGGUGUUGGACUCUUGCAGGUGCAUCCGCAGGAACCCCCCAGCCAGGUAGAUAAGGGCUCUCCAUGGGGCGCCCCCCCCCACGGCCCCAGCACCUCUCAUGUUAGCCUUUAGACCCUCUGGAAGUCACUGGCUCGGGGCCCUGCACCGAAGGAGCACAACAGGUCCAAGUGUGACCCACACGUCCUGCCUAGCCUUUUCCUUUCAACCCGGCAGAACCUGCAUUUUGAAAGUCUCUCUCGGCCUUCAGGCUGGCAGAGCAGGGGAGAGACUGAAAUGAGAGAAGGCAGCGAGUGAGCGGGAUGGAGGUGAACAGGUUUAAAUACAGGGAAAUGGUAAAAGCGAUUGCGCAGGCCGGAGGAGAGAGAGUGGAGGGACGGGGCUGGAGGGACACGGGAGGGACUGCCCCGUUCUAGCUUUGAAGCAAAGCAACAGAAAGGGGGACAAAGCCAAGAGCAACUUCCUGGCUUCCCACCCUCUAAGCCCUUUGGGAUUCAGGAGGACAGAAAGAGGAGACUAGGGGUGCCAUUUCCCAGAAAUGAGCUGACUCCAGGCCUGGCAGCCGGGGAAGGCGGGUAACAUAAGGUGGGUUCUAGAACCUUGUCGCUGGCCAGGGGCAAGGAUCAGCACAGUCUGGCUGUGCCUUUGGAGGGACAAGACCAUGCGAGCAGGUGGCCGUCUUCACCGUAAGGUGAGAGACGGAGGCUAGAGCCUCUCAGGCUCUCCGGUGCCCCCGGCCAGUGCAGGCUUUCUCCCUGGGGUGGAGGGUAGAAGAAAGGCCCAGGACGAACGGAUCCCUCGAGGGUGCUGUCAUUUGGCAGCCAGAUUCUGAAGCAAGAAACUUCCCAUCCCCACUGACUUCCUCAACACAUCCGCAGCCGCGGGGCUGUCCUCAGAGGCCGGAGAUAGCCUGCCAGGGAAGGGGGCUUGGACACUGGCAAAGGAGACCCCUCCUCGCUGUGCACACAGCUCUCUCUGCUCUUUCCUGAUGGCGUGACACCAUGGAGACCACUCCAACACCGAACUUGGGGCCAUGAGGAGGGACUGCAGAGAAGCAAAUAGAUUUCAGCUGGUGGGAAGCUUGCAGCUACGGAACUUGGGGGGGGUCUCCUGCCCCCCAACAGGACAGUUGGCUGGGUCAGGAGAGAUGGCCGAUUGGACAAAGGGCCCGAUGGGGAUGGCAGCCGUGAGGACUUACUCGACCUGCUGCAGCCGUGUGCCCCAUCUCUCCGCAAGACUGUCCCCAAACCCCCGACUCACAUUUCCGUGUCUUAGGCCAGUAUUGUAAACCUUUCCCACUUCACUCUUCUGUUUGCCCAUUCUCUCUGUGGAUCCUGAGCGCUCAUCUAACUGGGCUCUGCCAAGUGGAUACUGGGGUGCCAUUCCCCCUAAGAAAAGACUGAGCCAGGAAUUGCAUACCCCACCCCACACCCCUCCCAAGACCUGGACCUGUUCCUGAGAGGGGCUCUCUUUUUUUCCCCCUGCCGCUUACUGGACUCUGGGUGGAUGUCUGCCCCUCCCUUCGGCUCUUUGCGUCAGCCGGGAGGUGGGGAAGAGCAUGGCCUGGUUUAACUCCACCAGUGUCUUCGGGUUUCCAGAGUUCACACUGACUUCUCCCAACCUGAGUCCAGUACUUGAGUGACUCUGCUCACCUGGCCACUCCCUAGAGGAUGCUGGACCUUCAUGAUCGAUGAGCCUAACCUCCCAAGAGGGAGACCUGGCCUGGGGAGGGAGCCAUGGAGGAAGGUGGAGCGUCCCCGGGGCAGGGCAGGGGGAAAGGCUGGUGGGAAGCACUGCCAGCUGGGAUCCUGAGCAAGGAUCUUCUUGACGCCAGGCCUUAGGCUCUGGAGUUUUCUGUGGCCUCAAGACUACAUGUUGCCCCCCACCCACCCAACACUAGGCCUCUUCCCAUCCCCCUUUGACUCAU